GCUCUCUCUUGUCUCCAGCACUAGCAGCUGGCUCACUGACCCACAACAGCACACCACAAGCCAAGCGACACUCACACAGCCACCAGCUCGCCCUGUUUCGCUCUCUCCAGCCAUGAGGGCUUGACGUCGGCCGCCGCCAGCUCAGCCCGCAUCUUGUCGAUGGUCUCCUUGUAGUCGGGAGUGCCGAAUAUGGCCGACCCCGCCACAAACAUGUCUGCCCCCGACUGCGCCACCUCCCGGAUGUUGGCAGGACCCACACCGCCAUCGAUCUCCAGCCGGAUGGACCGCCCGCUCUUGUCGAUGAUCUCCCUGGCCUCUCUCAGCUUGUCGAGCGUGUAGCCAAUGAACUUCUGUCCACCGAAACCGGGGUUGACCGACAUGAGCAGCACGAUGUCCACCUUGUCGAUGGCGUACUUGAGCCAGUCGAGGGGCGUCGCGGGGUUGAACACCAAACCGGCCUUCAGCCCCGCAUCCUUGAUGACGCUGAGGGUGCGGUCGGGAUGGUGGCUGGCCUCUGGGUGAAAGGUGAUGUACGACGCCCCCGCCUUGAUGAAGUCGCCCACAAGCUGGUCCACAGGCGUCACCAUCAGGUGCACGUCGAUAGGCGCCGUGACGCCGUGCUUGCGCAGCGCGUCGCACACCAGCGGGCCGAUCGUCAGGUUGGGCACAUAGUGGUUGUCCAUCACGUCGAAGUGCACCGUGUCGGCCCCGGACACAAGCACGUUGUCCACCUCCUCUCCGAGCUUGGCGAAGUUGGCAGACAGGAUCGAUGGCGCGAUAGUGAAGCCGUCUGUGUGGGGGUAGCCGUCGUCCACCGCCAUCCGCAGCUGCGUGUGGUGGGUGCGGCCGCGUCGAAGGCGGUUUGUCUGCGCCAUGCUGCUGGCGGGGCUGCAUCGCGUGGGUGCGGUGACGAAGCCUUCGCUCGCCUCGAGGGACGGCACGACGACCAAGAGAGAAAGGGUGUCGUCAUCGGCAGCGGCGAUGGCUGCGAGCAGAGCAAGGGAGAUGGCGAAGGCCCGAAUCAUUGCGGUGCGCGCUGAAAAUCAAAGUGCUGCCUGCUGACGUCCCGAGUGCUUGGGAAGGACAGCAGCCUCGGAAAGCAACCAGAUCUGAUGCGGG